UAUUCAAGGUGAUUGUAAUUCAUAAAAGAAGAGGAGAAAAAGAUACAUUGUUAAAAAAGUAGUUUUAAAGUAAUGAUAGGAAUAAAAAAUGUUUCUUUAAAAUCACUAUGAUAAGAAAUUCAGACAAUUUUAUCUAUCUUUAGAAAUUGUAUAGAUUAAUUUAGUAAACAGGUUUCAACUAGAUAUUAUACAAAAUGGCUACAGGUGGAAAAAUAAAUACGGAUAUUCUUUCUGAUGAAUUAUUUGAUGUAUUAUGUUCCAUGUGUAAAAAAAAUAAAGGUAAAAACACUGAAGGUAAAAAAUUCUGUGUGGACUGUCAUGAUUAUUUCUGUACAAAUUGUGUAAAAGUUCACAAUCAAGUGCCUGUAUUAGCUAGUCACAAGGUGUUGGAUAAAUCUCAAGUUAAGUCUGGAACCAGUAAAGGUCUCGCCACGGCACCAGGAGAGAGAUGUGACAGACACAGUCAUAAACACAUUGAUAUGUACUGUCAGAAUCAUGAUAAUGUUGGCUGUUCUACAUGUAUGACGAUUGAUCACAGAUCAUGUAAGGAUAUAUUCUACAUACCAGAAUUUAUCCAAAACAAAUCUUACCAAGUGGCUUCAAGAGAAAUUCAAACAAAGCUGAAGGUAUUAGCCAGGACCCUUGCUGUACAAGCUAACAAAUUUCAACAGGAUAAACAGACCCUUCUGAAAAGAAAGGCUGAGUUACUGGAUGAUAUCAGAAAAUUCCGACAAGAAAUUAAUGACCAACUUGACAAGCUGGAGAAAAGUUCUGUAGUUGAGAUAGAAAAUAAAUUUAAACAUCUUCAAGACAAGAUUGAAGAAGGUCUCAAACAGCUUCAAACACACAAAUCAACGGUUACAUCAGCUAAUGAUAAAUUAACAUCUCCAAACCAAAAUCAAGCUGAAUUGUUUGUUCAUGUGAAGAUGGGGGAGAUGCUGAAAGUUUUGCCAACAAAUUUAUAG